AUGAAGGCUCUCAUUCUAGUUGGCGGGUUCGGAACCCGUCUGAGGCCCUUGACCCUGACAUUGCCCAAACCGCUUGUCGAAUUCGGCAAUCAGAGCAUGAUUAGCCACCAGUUAUCAGCACUGGCCGCUGCCGGUGUCACAGACGUGGUCCUAGCGGUGAACUACCGGCCAGAUGCCAUGCAGAGCGCACUCAAGAAGUACGAGGAGGAAUACAACAUCAAGAUUCACUUCUCAAUCGAGUCGGAACCAUUGGGAACCGCCGGUCCACUUAAGCUGGCUGAGAAGGUUCUGGGGAAGGAUGACAGCCCUUUCUUUGUCCUCAACGCCGAUGUCAUCUGCGAAUACCCGUUCGAGCAGCUGGCCGCCUUCCACAAGAAGCACGGAGAUGAGGGCACCAUUGUUGUUACAAAGGUCGAGGAGCCUUCCAAAUACGGUGUCGUCGUGCAUGCGCCCAACCACCCUUCCAGGAUUGAUCGCUUCGUUGAGAAGCCCGUCGAGUACGUUGGUAACCGCAUCAACGCCGGUCUUUACAUCCUAAACCCCUCGGUCCUGUCCCGAAUCGAGCUCAGACCUACUUCCAUUGAGCAAGAGACUUUCCCCGCCAUCUGCGCUGACGGCCAGCUACACUCCUUCGACCUCGAAGGCUUCUGGAUGGACGUUGGUCAGCCCAAAGACUUUCUCAGCGGAACCUGCCUCUACCUCUCCUCACUGGCCAAGCGCCAGCCCAAGAAGCUUGUCAGCAACAGCGAGCCUUACGUCUAUGGCGGCAACGUCAUGGUUCACGAGACAGCCAAGAUUGGCAACAACUGCCGCAUCGGCCCCAACGUCGUCAUUGGUCCUGGCUGCGUUAUUGGUGACGGUGUCCGUCUACAGCGGUGCGUUCUCCUAGAGGACAGCAAGGUCAAGGAUCAUGCCUGGAUCAAGAGCACCAUCGUUGGCUGGCACUCUACUGUCGGCCGCUGGGCUAGACUGGAGAACGUGACCGUGCUCGGUGACGAUGUAACCAUUGGCGAUGAGAUCUACGUCAACGGUGGCAGCGUGCUACCUCACAAGAGCAUCAAGGCCAACGUCGAGGUACCAUCCAUUAUCAUGUAA